GGUCCCGCCCUUCCUGCCGGGAAGGAGGAGCGGGAGGGGGCGGGCGCAGCCGGACGGGAAGAUGGCGGACCUGGAGGAGCAGCUGUCCGACGAGGAGAAGGUGCGUAUAGCAGCAAAAUUCAUAAUUCAUGCUCCUCCUGGGGAAUUCAAUGAGGUGUUCAAUGAUGUUCGGUUGCUGCUUAAUAAUGACAAUCUUCUCAGGGAAGGAGCAGCCCAUGCAUUUGCACAGUACAACUUGGACCAGUUUACUCCUGUAAAAAUUGACGGUUACGAUGAACAGGUUUUGAUAACAGAACAUGGUGACUUGGGAAAUGGAAAAUUUCUGGAUCCCAAGAACAAGAUUUCUUUUAAAUUUGAUCACUUAAGAAAGGAGGCUACUGAUCCUAGACCCCAUGAAGUUGAAAAUGCCAUAGAGUCCUGGAGAAAUUCAGUUGAAACAGCAAUGAAAGCAUAUGUGAAGGAACACUAUCCAAAUGGUGUCUGCACAGUGUAUGGUAAAACAAUUGAUGGACAGCAAACCAUUAUUGCAUGCAUAGAGAGCCAUCAGUUUCAAGCAAAAAAUUUUUGGAAUGGCCGUUGGAGGUCAGAAUGGAAGUUUACAAUCACCCCUUCAACCACUCAAGUGGCUGGCAUCUUGAAAAUUCAGGUUCACUAUUAUGAAGAUGGUAAUGUUCAGCUGGUGAGCCAUAAAGACAUACAAGAUUCUCUAACAGUGUCUAAUGAAGCCCAGACAGCGAAGGAAUUUAUAAAAAUUGUAGAGGCUGCAGAAAAUGAGUAUCAGACUGCUAUCAGUGAGAACUAUCAGACUAUGUCGGACACUACUUUCAAGGCCUUACGUCGACAGUUGCCAGUGACCCGCACCAAGAUUGACUGGAACAAGAUCCUUAGCUAUAAGAUUGGAAAAGAGAUGCAGAAUGCUUAAAGUGAACAUUGCAUGACUGGAUCAUUUUAGUGUCCUUGUGUACAAAUAAAAAUUAUUACAAAAAAUAUUUGGAACUGUCAAAUCACCCAGUCAGCAUGGGCUUUUGCCAUUGAAAAUCACUGUAAGUAGUUUGGUUAGAGCACAAAGCUUAGCUAAUUGACUUAUUUUCUUUUUCCUUCCUUCCUUUCAGAGGGUUGCAACUUCAAUAUAGCUGAAUAUCUUCCUUUAGAGUUUCCGUUGUACCUUUAUUUUUUUAUAAUGAAGAGACCAUGCCUUUAGUUUUCAAUUACACAUUAAGAACAGUUGGAAAAAAUAUUUUUGCAUAUAAUAACCCUUCCUCUUGCUUUCAUGUGAAAUGGACAACUUGCAAAAUUUGCUGGAUUCCUUAUGGAGGUCAGUAACAUGCAUUUCUAGGUCAAGGUCAACAUGGAAUUAGCCAUAGGUGCUGUUUUUGACAUCAUCUGUCCUUUCAUUGUAUGUAAAAUUGGGAAAAGUAUCUUUUAAACCUAGAAGACAUACUUGUUAGCCCCAUGGUAGCUAAUUGUUUUUUUUUUAAAAAAAAGGCCAAGGUCUAAUGCUGUUUUAAGGUUUUGAAAUUAAAUAAAAAUACUUACUCCAGAAAUGCAUUUAAUGCUUUGUUCUGACAAUUAUGAGCUCAAACUCCAUCUGCCCUUCAGGUUUUUUUAUCAUAAAGCUACAAAUGUAUUAAACAAGGCAUAUUGUAAUAUAUAUAAUCCUGUACUCAUUACUAUGUCUGUUUAUUUUUUCUUGGAUUGAAAUGUACUAAAAUUCAAUGUGACAUUAAAACGCAAAUUUUCUAUUUAUUUGAGUAUCGGGUUGCUUUCUGAUAUAGCCUGUUUUUGGUGUUUCUGAAUGUUUUUAAAAUUCUGCUUUAAAACAGCCACAAACUUGUGUAUUUAGAGAUCAUAAUAUCAUUAUCGUCUUCAGCUGCAUUUAAAAAACAUCUGCAUAUGCAAGUCUACUUAAAACAGGUUUAUUUUAGCUUCAUAUUGGCUACAGAGGAUAGAAGAAAUUCCAAGACCAAAAAUUUAUGUAAUUGUCUGGAGAAUUCUUUCCCUGUCUCACAUAUCUCAUUUUGAAAAUGGAUGCCAGGUAUCUAAAAGCAUUUGUUAAAAAUGUUGUAUAACACUUUCAUGAAAUGCAUAGUUUCAUUUUUAAUUGGAUAAAAACUUAUUUUAUAAUAUGAUACCUAUUUACAUGCUCAUGAUAGAAAAUUAAACAGCUUUUUUAUUUUUCAGAAGGCAGGUGUUAUACACACUCAUAAAUCAGUAAAGCUUACACAAAUGUUUUAUGUCUUUGUUUACAGCAUGACCUAAUUUCCUUAAACAUUCAAAUUAUAGCAUAGCAAGAGAGUCUAGACUUGUACUGAGUAUAAAAAUGUACAUAUAAAGUAGUUUGUUGUUUGAAUUUUAAUAGCAAUACCCCAGUAUUCUGCUCUUCAGUGCUCUCUUAUGCAGCGGUAUAGAAGUUCUUGAAACUGCUGCUACUUUACAGUACUAAACUGUAUAGUAGAAGAGUGGGUUUGUUCUACCACAGUCUUCCUGGAUAGUUGCCCUCUCAACUGUCUUUGUAGUCCAGCUCCUGAACUAUGUUGUUCUUUUCAAAUUAGCUCAUAAAAUUUGCAUAUGAGCUAAUAACAAAUACUGAGUCACUGUCAAGUCAGUCUCUUAGUCUUAAACCAAGAUCUAAACACAAACCCUAUUGAAGGAUUUCUUCCAACAUAUUAAGAACAAGGAAAAAAAAGGCAGUGAAUGGACAGUUAGGGGAAUUGUUAAUGGGCAACAAUGGUGCAAAUAACUUUUCUAGCUGUUUAGAAUGUUGCAAAUGAUCAGAAUCAGCACUGACUAAAAGUCAGAAUGCUAUUUUUCUUACCUGAAAUAAAGAGCUAGUUUUAAAUAUAUUCCUAAUAAAGAGGUAUUUUACUGUGAAGUACUCUAUUACUGUAUUUCCCUCUCUGUUUAUUCAGUCCUGUGAUAGUCUUAUCUUGAAAGAAUUGAUUCCUUCAGGUUCAAUUCUACCAGUUGGAUAACAUAAGUAGAUCUGAUUACUUAUGUUUUUUCUUGUUGUAUUAAUUUUUAGUUGGUGAGACAACUUUACAGCUUGAAUAUCAAAUUUAUUAAGUUAUAGCUUCAAUAAAGCCAUUUUUAAAUAAA